AUGUAUUUGAAAUUGCAGUUAAUGCUGCUGCUGUCGCUGCUGGCGGGCAGCGCUCGCUCCAGGGCCAGCCCGCAAAAUCCGCUCGAGAAAAUAGCGGCAGGCGCGCUCAGCGUCGGCAGCCAGGUUAUGAACACCAUGCAGGAGGGCGCAAUGGCCACGCAACAGCUUAACUUUGACAACGGCCUCAUGGCUGUGCGCUCCAAGACGGACAUGGGCUACGGCGACGCGAUGCGAGGCAAUGCCGAUGACUCCGAUUCCUCAGAGUCGGAUGAAAAGCGCCGCCGCAGGCGUCGCAGCAGCCACAGCAUUAGCUACCUGAACAGCAGGCUAAGUCGGCAUCAGAUUUUGCAUCGCAUCAAGCGCACGCCCUGCAAGAUGAUGGGCGCUACGACGGAGUCGCCAGACGAUGUUGAGGCGCGCAAGAGACGCGCACGCAAACGCGCCGCCAACAAUGCAUCCAGGACGCGCAUCAACAAGUCAAACAGCAAGAAAAAGAAGCUGGCAGUGGAGCGCCGCCGCCGCCAGGCACCGCAGCAGGACCAGCAGGGGCAAAUGGGGCCACAGCAACGACCCACUCUGGGUGAGCGGGUCAAGUACUUUUGGCUCUCAUUUGUGGACAACGUGGCCGAUGCGGUGCAGCAGCUGCACCAGAGAAUGAAAGGAGCAGCUGCUCAAGCCUCCGACGGCAUGCAAGCAAUAUAAAUUCCAAUCAACUACGACUUAAGCACUUUUUUUUUGCAGUUCUU